AUGUUCCUCCAGAUCGAGUUCAAGAACAUGGUCGUCGAGCGCAUCGCCGACUCCGACACCAAGCCGCCACCCGUCAUCACGAGCCCGACCCCGUCGCCGAGGCCGACGCCCAAGUUGAAACCGCAGCCGGAAUGGACGCCGCCGCCGGUCAAGGACCCAUUCCCGCUGCUGUCGUCGGGCAUGCCGCCGCCGGUCCCCGCCUGGAACAAGGCCAAGAAGCCCAACGUCUAUCACAAAUACUCGCUGUCGACGGCCCCGCCGCUGCUCAUCGGCUUCACGCGAAGCUGGCCGAUGCUGCUGCAGACCGUCGUCGGGUACAUCACGGCCGGGUGGCCGGCCGACCAAAUCUACAUCGUGGAGAACACGGGGGUGCAUGAUGCCAACGCCAGAGGCCGUCUGACGUUACAGAACCCCCUGUACCUCAACUACACCCAGCUGCACAUGUUGGGAGUCCACGUCAUGCGCACGCCGGUCCUGCUGAACUUUGCCCAGUUGCAGAACUACUUCACCACCGUGGCGAGGGAGGAGCCGUGGUCGUACUACUUCUGGGGCCACAUGGACUCGUUCGUGCUCUCGUACGAGGAGGGCAUGGAAGGCGUCACGGGGCCAGUCAACACGCCGGACUACCAGACCAUCUACGAACUGGCCAUCAGCGAGUUGAACGACACGAUGCGCAGUGACCAUAAAUGGGGAGCCCGGUUCUUCGCGUACGACCACCUGACGCUUGUGAACCCGCGGGCUUACGGGGAUGUCGGCGGCUUCGACACGUUCAUCCCGUACUACAUGUCGGACUGCGACAUGUACUGGCGCCUCGAGGAGGCCGGGUGGAGUGUCAAGGAAGUAAAGGUCGGUAUUGUACAAGACGUGGGAUCCGUCCUGGACGACCUGCGCGUUCUGUACCGCGAGUCGGAGGUUCCCGAAGGCUUCGGCUUCACGGAUCCGAACCCGCCACCGCCGACCAAAGUCAUGGGCGAGAGCGUCCGGGAGGAGAACAAGCGGAGCCUCCCCGUGCCCGAGCUCGACCAGACCGGUGCUCGUGUUGGUGAUGAGACGGAUGACUCCAGGGAGGACGCUGCGAAGGCUGUCGACCCCUUGGACUCCUUCCGGGCGCUUCACCGCAUCAGCCAGGAUAUGUACAACUAUAAACACGCGGACCGGGACAGGAACACGUGGCAACUAGGUCAAAGGGGCGGGGACCCUCGCGAGCCGUACGCCUACGACGCCUUGGGGUUCCAGGAGGGGAUAGACGUCAUAACAGAGGCCGGCAGAGAAAUCUUUCGUAGAAAAUGGGGGCAUCGCGACUGCAACUUUGGUGCUGCUGGGUUGAAACCCAGUGAAGCUUGGAAAGUUGAGAAAGACUGGGAAUGA